AUGGACCCCCUGACCCCCAGCAUCUACACAUCUACAAGGGGGGCCCCCACCAGCUCCUCGCCCCAGGCUAUGGCCUCCUUUGGCCCCCAGUAUACUGGAGCCGUCCUUGAUGAUGUCUACGCGUACGGCCUGUCCAGGGCCUUGAUUAAGGUGGCGCCUCCUGCCACGGUGGGGCUGUUCUCCAACUGCCCAGGACGGACCGAAACCGUGCUCAAGAAAAUAAGGACUUGCAUGAACAGGGAGGCCGAAUGGAGGGAGAAAAAGCACAAAGGCGACAGGCCAAAACCAUCUUCCGGGAAUAUUCUCUCCCUCCUCCUCUCAAUCGUCUUCCUGCGGCCUGUGUGGAGCGAGGAAGAGGAGCAGAGGAGGAAGAGGGUGAGGUGGAUUUUUGUGCGGUUCAGUGCCUGGCACUAUGCGGGCAGCGACAAGCUUUGGGCGGGUUUGGUGAUUCGCCUCUUUAAGGCCAUCCAGAAGGACUUGGGGGAAAUCCCCCUGUCUGUUUAUAGAGCCACCCAGCACCCCUACCCAAAGAAGAUCCAGAGAGGAAGUCAGCCCAGCUGGAAGUUUCAGAAGUUCCUCUUUUUGCCGCUUUGGACAGCGGUGCUGCUUGCAGUCACCAUGAGCGUCGGGGCAAGCAUCGUGCUCUACAGGUCUGGCUUCCGAAUGAAAGACGAGAGUAAGCUCAGCUGGACAACGCUCCUGGAGUCCGUAGCCAUCGGAGCCGUUGGCCUCCCCACCAUGGCAGGUUUGCGCUUCUUCUUACAUAUAUUCAAAAACCAUUUCUACAGCCAAGGCAGCAACAUCCUGAAACAGAUGAACAGCACAACUGUCAGUGAUCAGCUGGGGUUUAUGAACAAGGUCAGAAAAGAGGUGGCUGUCUUGGUGGACUACAUCCACUUCAUGGAGAUCUUUGAGCAAAGGAAGGUGCGAGUGGUUCUGGAGAUCACCAAUCUGGAUCGCUGUAGCCCAGAUAAAGUGAUUCAGACGCUAGAAGCCAUAAAUAUCCUGCUGGCAGGUGAGAGCGUGCCGUUCGUUUCCAUACUGGCUGUAGAUCCAAGGGUUAUCGUGAAGUGUUUGGAGAACUCAUUUUUGUUUUCACAGGCGAACGGCUACGAGUUUCUGAAUCAAAUAGUUACCCUGCCGUUCAACUUGCCUGAAAUGUGCAUCAAAUCCAAGUGCUUGGCUUUCAGAACACUUGCCAACAGUCAUCUUGAAGUGUUCACAGUCGAGCCGGAGGUGAGUGAUGACACCGAGACUGUGAAAAGGUCUGGGCAGCUGUCUGUGCUAGUUCACACAGACAGCACAGUCCCUUUUAUUGAUAAAACUAAAUGGGACGAAGCGGCUCUGGAGGUGGCACUGACAUGGGAGAUCUGGGCGAAGAAAGUAAAAACAAUCACCCAGGAGGCUUUAGAAUUUAUAUACGAUGAGAACAAACUGCUGCACACUUACCUGUCAGGAAACAGUGUACAUAUGAGACGAAUCAUCAAUUCAGUACGUGUCUCUGUGAUUAUUAUGGAGGCCGUGUACAAUGGCAAGGCUCUGGCUUCAGAUAUCUCUGCCUGGGUGGUUCUCGCCAAUAAUUGGCCAUGCCGACUGAGCUGGAUCCUGCAGUGUGUAGAGGACUGGAAACAGAGGGCCGAUAUGGACGAGACUCUCGGAGAGCUGAAACCAUCUAAACCGCUUUGGGAGGUCUUCACAGAGUCCAGCCAAGAACUACAAGAACUCAGCAGCUGUCUAAAAUGCAUUCUGGAACAGGACGGGGACCCAGAACUGUUCGAGAGGUUCCUAAAAGUGGAUUUUAGAUUCACAGUCGGGGAGGUGGUGAGGUUUAAGCCAUGCACGGUCAACCUUGACCACUCCAUCAAAAAGGAAUUGGCAAGAUUGAGAGAGAACAGACAGAGAAAUAUCACAACCAAGCUCCAGAUGGGUCACAUUGGCAACAUGCGCACAGAAGACAUUUGCAUUGAGUUGUCUUCUUGA